AUGAGAAUUCCAAUGAGUACUGCUGAUCCACUACGAAUCGCUACUUUUAACAUUCGAUUUGACGGACGAAGUGGAUUACAUACUACCGGGGAAACGCCAUGGCGUAUUAGACAUCCCAAAGUUGCUGAUACCAUCACAUUUCAUAAAGUUGACGUUGUAGGAUUUCAAGAAGCAUUGUAUAAUCAAGUUCAAGAUCUUGAACGCUCGUUUAGAUCCAAUUGGGGAUGGAUCGGUGUAGGGCGCGAUGAUGGAAAGAGGGAGGGCGAGUUUGUUCCGAUAUUUUACAACAAAAACCGACUGCAACUUCAAGAAUCAGCGAGUUGGUGGUUAUCGGAGACACCUGAGGUUCCGGGUAGCGUAGGAUGGGACGCAGGCUUACCGCGCGUUGUCACACAAGCAAAGUUUCUCGAUCGUCUUACAAACAAAACUUUCUAUCAUAUUAACACUCACUUUGAUGAUCGCGGAGAGAAGGCUCGUGAUGAAAGCGCUCGCCUCAUCUUGCAUCGAACACAAGAGCUUAAUCUCACAUCUCAAGAAACGAUAAUACUAACCGGAGACCUUAAUGUGGAAGAAGAUUCGAGCUGUUAUAAAACUCUCGUUGGCAAACAACACUCUUCUGACCACGAAAAGGAUAAAUUUAUUUUCUGCGAUACACGUUAUGACUUAUCUCAUGACGGUACCAAAUCGUUUGGGGAUCAGUAUACGUUUACCGGAUUCACUAGUUCUCAACCGUUAAAACGGAUAGAUUUCGUGAUGGUAGACUCGGCCUCCAUAAGCAAAUCUCGUGUUAGAACGGUCAAUCAUGGUGUUGUUCCAAAUAGAUUUGAUGAUGGGAUGUACAUUAGCGAUCAUCGGGCUGUCGUUGCUGAUUUGAAGUUUGCUUGA